CAUGAUACAGUGAGUUGUAUCACCUAUUUAGUCUGACUGCCGAGGCAGGUAGCAGAGUAACUGUUCUGCUGACGGAUUUAAAAAAAUAUAUUUUUACAAUUUCAACCGACUUUUAUUUGAUUGGCCUGAACAGAAUGGUAUCUCUUGUGAAUUACGUGUGUUUUCUCUUGCCUGUUGCUCUACAUCUAGUGGUCGGCCCCAGUCCCAGCUCUGCUGCCUCCACCAGGAGGUGUCAGUCCAUCUACAAGGGCUUUGCUCAGUGCCUGAUGGCUCUGGGGGACAGCCUGACAGAGAGUGCCCAGGACACACAGGAGAUACACACCAUCUGCAAGUCCUGGGAUGAGUUUCAUGACUGUGCCAACGAGGAAAUGGCCGGGUGCCCGAAUGAGGCUGCUGCCGUUUGGGAGUCUUUGCGACAGGAGUCCAAGAAGAUGCAGUUUUCUGGAAACCUGUAUGACAUGUGCUCCAGUCGUAACCAACCGGCUGACACCGCUGACACCCUGGGCCCGCCCAACCAGGAAGAGAUUAACCAGGAGUCUCUAAAAGCACACGCCCAUAGCCCAGAUCCCGCCUCCUUCUUUUUGCUCCCCUCAUGUCUGUCUCUUGUGCUGCUGUUGUUGCUAUAGAUACGACUGGGUUGAAAGGAGGAACUCAUAGGGAACGUGUACAAACAGACAGUAUCACAAACUCACCCUUGCUUUUUCUGUACUUAGAAGGGGUUGUAUAUAUGUCUAGUUGCAUGUUCAGAUGUUAGCACCUCCUCAUUUGUAGUGUAUUCAUUUAGUAAAAAACACUGAUAUAUGCUAUUUAGCAGAUGCUUUUCACCGAAGCGACUUACACUCCUGCGUGCAUACAUUUUACACACACAUUAUGUCUCCCUAUCCACAUCUCUCUUUAAUACUUUACUCCUUCUUCUCGUCAGUUUAAGAGUUGGAUAAUAGGGUUCCAUGGGGAUGCUGUCUGGGAAAGCUAAGGUUUGAAUAUAAAUGAGCAGAUAAACCUCAAACAUCUAUAACCCAAGACAGUUUCUUCAAGCCACACCAGACAAGGCUUAACAGUAACAUCUCAAACCAAAACCUGCAUCCUAAAGUUUCCUUGUCAGGUUGUUAUUUAAUCAGAGAGCACUCUGGGAUGUUUUGUAGCAUUAAAGGAUAACACAAUUUCUCUUAUUUACAUUCGGAACUCGCUGAGGAUUACAGACAGGAUUACUCAGAGGGAAACCUCUAAAACAAUAGACCUGACCUGCCGUUUAACACAGUGUUUAAUGAAUAGACCAACGGCUUAACUUAUAUUAAAUACAACCUCUAACUGUCUUCUGUCUAGGUCAUGUCUAAGCUGACCUGGAACUAUAUUUAGUUAUUUGUAUUGAAAAUAAAUGGAUGAACAUGUACAUAAUGUAAUUUAUUCAUAUUAAUAUUGAUGAACAUAUGUGAUGGCACAAAUGUUAGACCAGCUGUAUACAUAAUGUUUUUUUACACACAAUUGAAUUGCCUUUUUGAGCUUAACAUUCUUUCCUCAUGAAAGAAGUUAGGUUAAGCUAUUUGAGUCUAUAAUACAUUCUUUUAGACUCUUUUAGGUUCUAUUAAAUUGACCGUGUGACAUAAUAGUUUAGUUCUGUUUAAAACCUAGUACUACUUGAAUGUAGGUCUGAGAUAAUAUACCAUGUUUGUAAAUGGUACUGUACAUUUUGAAAAGUUAAAGUUUUCUAUCGGCUUUGCUUUCCUCAACAGCUUUACUGGUCAAUUUGGAAUUGCAGUGGAUCUGCAUUUUUAAUGGGCAAUUAAUCAUGUUUGCUAAUGCAGCAAAUUUGUAUGGUGUGGUCGAGGAGGCAAUAAUAAACUGGAGUGAAAACCUCAAGAAAAUCUAUUUUCAUCUGUGUUCUAAAAUAAAGGAUCUGAAAUAUAGAGUAAAUGUAGGUGAUCGUUAACAACAUAUACAUACUUAAAGGAUAUUGGAUUGCUAUAUCAAC